UUUUGAGGGCGGCCAUGCAACCUUGUCUGAAUCCCUUUGUUGUCUAUUGUUAACCCCCCUUCCCUUCUAUCAUCUAGUUCACAUUUCUCCAUCAUCUCCACGAGAACAUUCCAAGAGCUUGCUCAGAAGCCUUUCUAGAACUGAGGCAAACACUACCCCCACAGCAUCCCAGCAUCCACCAAUCUGGCGACACCCUGAAAACACCUGCUGAGCACUGCCCACUUCUCCUGAUGCCUGAAGGUGUGUGGAAAGGACAGAAACAGAGGGGGUCCCUGGGCCACUCCUGCUGCAGGUUCAGAAGAAGAGAAGAGAGAGGAGCAGCAGGUUAAGAAGGUGUCUAAGGGCUCUUCAAGCUCUAGCCUGUGACUAGCAACAUGGCUAAACGCACCAAGAAGGUCAGAAUUGUUGGCAAAUAUGGAACACGUUAUGGUGCAUCCCUCAGAAAAAUGGUGAAGAAAAUUGAAAUUAGCCAGCAUGCCAAGUAUACCUGCUCCUUCUAUGGCAAGACCAAAAUGAAGAGAUGGGCUGUGGGUAUCUGGCAUUGUGGAUACUGUAUGAAAACAGUAGCUGGUGGUGCAUGGUCCUACAAUAUCACCUCUACAGUUACAGUCAAAUCUGUCAUCAGAAGACUGAAGAAAUUGAAAGACCAGUAA